UUCUCUCUCUUACAUCUUCUUCUUCCAUUGUUACCGCAAUCGAGCGCCAUCUCUUCUCUUCUAUAGUUCCAUUCUCUCUUCAACACUCUCUCUCUCUCUAUCUACAACUGCCGUGAUGAUUCCUCACUAUCUACACUCUCUUUUCACCACGUAAAAAAACCCUAAUUUUCAUCCACUACAGCGCACUCCAGCUAUAUAUAUAUAUAUACACAAGUCUGAAGGAAUUCCAGUACGGGAUUUAUGUCCUUCAAUCAAUCAAGGGCUGAGAAGACCGACUCGGCACAAUUUAAAAAAUCGGGUCGAUCUGGUAACUCAGGACAUCAAUGGAACUAUUCAAACGUUAAAGGCGGAGGAGGAGGAGGAGGAGGAACCGGCACCGGCCAUCCACCGUCUUCUGUCAAUCCAUCGUAUUCUAAUAACAGAAGCUAUAAUAAGAAGUCUAACAAUGCACAAGGAGCUCAACCUAGGGCUGGCACUGGUAGUGUCAAUUUAGAAUCUGAAAAUCGUUCUCUGGUUCGUCCUCUACAGAAUGGGGCACAUCCGGUACCAACACUACAGGGAACUGCUAAUGCUCCAAUUGGAGGAGGAGGAGGAGGUGUUCCCACCAAAUCAACAGCUGAAACGCUAUCCCAGACUAAUACAGGGGGAGUUACAAAUGCUCAAUUGCCUCAAUCUGUUCCUAGAAAGUCAGAGGCACCAGCCCCCAAUACUCCUGCAAAAGCCACAGGAGAUGCAUCAAGGGGGUUUCCUCUUCAAUUUGGUUCCAUAAGCCCUGGUUUUGUGAAUAUACCUGCACGAACCAGCUCAGCACCUCCAAAUCUGGAUGAACAGAAACACGACCAAGCUCGGCAUGCUGUAAGACCUGGGAUGAACUAUCCUGUUCCUUCUGUUCCUAAGCCACAACAAACUCCUAGGAAAGCUGUAACAAAUGUUAAUCAAUCGAACAUUGAUGAUUCUCAUCAAUACCCCAAGGCCAAAAGAGGUGUUCAAGUUUCAGCUACACCUCCUAUGCCCCAGCCUCAGAAGGCUACUACUGUACAUCCUAUGUCAGGUGUUCCCAUGCCAAUGGCAUACCAUCAGCCUCAAGUAGCAGUUCAAUUCGGUGGGCCCAGUUCAUUAAUUCAGUCACAGCCUCCAAUGCCAAUGCAAAUGCCUAUGCAAAUGCAAAUGGGAAAUCCUCCUCAACUUCAGCAGCAGGUGUUUCUUCAACCUCAUCCAAUGGCACACCAGGGAUUAAUGCAUCAAGGGCAGGGCUUAAAUUUUACCCCACAAAUGAAUCCCCAACUAGCUCCUCAGUUGGGAAACUUAGGAAUUGGUAUGGGUUCACACUUCUCACCACAACAGGCAGGAAAAUUCGGUGGCCAUCGUAAACCUGUAAAGAUUACUCAUCCCGAUACUCGUGAAGAGUUGAGGCUUGACGAGUCAUUGGGCCCAAAGUCACAUUCAAAUACACCGCAAACUCUACCCACUACUACAUCUGUUAUGCCUGUUCAUUCGGUCAAUUACUACCACCCUGGUUCUUACCCUUCUGGUCCUUUGACUAAUAACCAAAUAAAUCCCGGUUCCCAAUUGCCAAGGUUUGGCUAUCCCAUUCUUCAGGGUACGCAAUCGGUUGCUUUCACAAACCCCCAUUCUCAUAAGAACAGUCAUCAAAUGCAUGGAAUUACUGAACAGUCUGUUUUUGAUCAUUCACGUGAUGUUCAAAAUAUAUUAUCUUCAGCACCAUCAGCCUCUCCCCAGGUGACUGUUAGUAGACCUAGUGGCGUUUUGCUUCAUGCUGUUAAAGUUGAGGCCCCCACAACUUUUGUUGAAAAAGCUGGAUUUCCAAAAUUCUCUCAACAAGCUAGUGAAGCGAACUCGAUUCAUUCUCAAAGGGAGGUAGUUGCUCAUCCAGAGAGUUCUUUACUGCUGCCAAAGCCUGGUCUAGAUAUGAAAUUAUCUUCAUUACCUGGGACUGUUAAGCAACAAACUAAGGGAACAUCUUCGAUUUCCAUUCAAGAACCUGCAUCUGCUGCGGUCAGUGAUGAAUGCAGAAUAGCAGAAGUAGUUAAUAGGUCCGACCCUCCUAAGAAUCUGCAAAAUGAACAAAGCAAGGGAGGGCCACCCUCAACACAUCAGGUUUCAACUCAAUCUACCUCUAUGUCAGAUUUAUCUUCCCAAACUUCACUUCAAAUCGAUUCCAUUGAUAAUCAUGUAUCUGAAGAAACAGAUGUGAAACAAGUUAAUGCUUCAACCAGUACAAGCUCGUCUGAACCGCAAAAGCUUCUUAAUACAGACAUUAAAGAACAAACUGUAGUAGGGAUGAAGGAAGAGUCUAAGCCAGAUGAUAGAAAAAUUUCUGACAUAUCUCCAGAUCUUGUUUCUCCAUCAGAAGUAGCUAGUCAAUCUGAACAUCAAAAUGCUAAGAACAUAGCUGCUAAAACCAGUGAGGUUGAAAUCCAAGAACCCGAAGAGAAAUCAGAAAAGCAUAUUAAUGAUAAACUAGAGAUAUCAAGUUCUGGAUUGGCAAAUACUGACGGUGAUUCUUCAAGUGAUAUUUUAUCUACAAAUGACGAGACUUCACUUUCAGAUGCCACACCAACACUUACAAAGCCUCUUUCCUUGAGUGCAGAGAUACCCCUGGUUUCAUCUACUACACCAGUUUCAGAACCGAGCUUAAAGCCUGUUGCAGAAUUGACUAGAACCAAAAGUAUGAUCUCCAAGAACAAAAAGAAGAGAAAAGAGUAUCUCCUAAGAGCAGAUGCUGGUGGUGCAUCAAGCGAUCUUUAUAAUGCAUAUAAGAAAACUGAGGAAAAGAAAGAUACAACUGCCGCUUCAGAUAAUUUAGAAAGUAUGCCUUCAGAUCCAAACGAGGUUGUAGCUGACGAUCCUCAAACUGAUAUAAUAUCAAGUGAAAGGAGUGGAAAUAGUAAAUUCGAGCCAGAUGAUUGGGAAGAUGCUGCUGAUAUAUCAACCCCAAAGUUAGAAGGGGAAGUUGACAGUAAACAUGCCGAUGAUGAUACAAUCACGGGUAAAAAGUAUUCUAGGGAUUUCCUGUUGACAUUAUCAGAACAUCACACUGAUCUGCCCAAAGGCUUUAAAAUAAGUCCCGAAAUAUCAGAGGCCGUGAUGUGUUUGAAUGUGAACAACUCUCGCGAACAAUACCCCAAUUUUCGCGAACCAUAUCGAUCAGAUGGUCGUGUUGGUGGCAUGGGCGAGGAUGACAAGUGGCGGUUACCCAGUCCUGGUGUCUCAGGUCGAAAUCCUCGAAUGGAUAAUUAUAACAAUCGUCCUGGCCAAGGCGGAAAUUAUGGUGUUUUAAAUAACCCACGUUCACCAGCCGGUCCUUAUGGUGGAGCAAUCCAAACAGGGCCUAUACGAAAUAAUGCAGAUUCAGACAGGUGGCAGCGCUCAUCUUCGUUUCAGAAAGGCUUAAUUCCUUCUCCGCAGACUCCAAUGCAGGUUAUGCACAAGGCCGAGAAGAGAUAUGAAAUCAAUAAGAUAUCAGACGAGGAACAAGGCAAACAGAGACGGUUGAAAGCAAUUCUAAACAAGUUGACUCCGCAGAACUUCGAUAAACUCUUUCAGCAAGUUAAAGAUGUCAACAUCGACAACGGAAACACUCUCGAUGGCGUGAUAGCGCAGAUCUUUGAUAAAGCGCUCAUGGAACCGACUUUCUGCGAAAUGUAUGCAAAUUUUUGCUCUCAUCUUGCCGCGGAAUUGCCUGAUUUCAAUGAAGAUAACGAAAAGAUCACUUUCAAGAGGCUUCUUCUGAACAAAUGCCAGGAGGAAUUCGAAAGAGGCGAACGUGAACAAGAGGAAGCCGACAAAGCUGAUGAAGAAGGUGUGGAAAAGCUAUCUGAUGAAGAACGAGAGGAAAAGAGACUCAAGGCGAGAAGACGAAUGCUGGGUAACAUUAGGUUAAUCGGAGAGCUCUAUAAGAAAAAGAUGUUGACAGAAAAAAUAAUGCACGCAUGUAUAAAGAAAUUAUUAGGUCAGUAUCAAAAUCCAGACGAGGAAGAUAUUGAAUGCUUAUGCAAAUUAAUGAGUACGAUCGGCGAAAUGAUCGACCAUCAAAAGGCAAAGGAGCAUAUAGAUGCGUAUUUCGACAUGAUGGGGAAUUUAUCGAACAACAUGAAAUUAUCCUCACGUGUCAGGUUCAUGCUCAAGGAUUCAAUUGAUUUGAGAAAGAACAAGUGGCAAGAGAGGAGGAAAGUCGAAGGACCGAAAAAGAUCGACGAAGUUCACAGGGAUGCUGCCCAAGAACGACAGGUUCAAGCUAGUAGGUUAUCCUCCCGUGGUCCAAACAUAAACCCUAAUUCUGUCAGAGCUCGUCAGACAACAGAUUUUGGACAAAGAGGACAACCGCCUCCGAUGAUGUCUCCAAACAAUCAAAUGGGUGGUUUUCGUGGCCCCCCACAGCGGGGUUAUGUAAAUCUAGACAUUCGUAGAGACGAAAGACAACAAUAUGAGAAUAGGACUUUAACGACAUUACCUCAGAGGCCUAUGGGUGAAAACUCAAUCACCCUUGGCCCUCAAGGUGGACUUGCUAGGGGUAUGGCUUCUAGUAGAGGACAGAACAACAUUCCUUCAACAGAUAUGCCAAAUGUUGGAGGUGGUGGUGGCGGUCAUAGAAGGGUAGUUGGUGGUGAUCUUAAUGGUUAUAACCACCCCACUCAAGACAGGAUUCAUGUUCCGACUUAUGAUCAAAAUAUUAAUCAUGGUGGUAAUAGAGACUUUUUGGGUAUGGACCGUGGUGCUACUAGACCUUUGCAAGAACAUGGUCAGGGUUCAAGUUCGUUGCCAAAUGUUCAUUCUGAAAAACGUUUGCAAGAUAUGUCUAUAGCUGCUAUCAAAGAAUUCUACAGUGCCAAAGAUCUGAAUGAAGUUGUCCAAUGUAUAAAAGACCUUAAUGCCCCAAGCUUCCAUCCAAAUAUGAUAUCAAUUUGGGUCACAGAUUCAUUUGAGAGAAAGGAUGGAGAAAGGGAUCUUUUAUCUAAACUAAUCAUCGAUCUCGCAAGACUUCAAGAAAGGGUUUUAAUUCAAGAAGAUCUCCUUAAUGGAUUCGACGAAGUUCUGUUAUCCUUAGAAGAAUCUGUAAACGACGCACCUAAAGCAGCAGAAUUCCUGGGACGACUUAUGGGCAAAAUGGUAAUUGAAAAUUUGGUUUCGCUCUCGGAUAUGGGGCAGUUGGUUUUAAAAGGCGGGGAAGUGCCCGGUCGGUUGGUUGAAAUCGGGCUUGCUGCAGAAGUGGUUGCGACUGUUAUGGAGACGAUUGAUUCUUUGAAAGGUGAAGCUGUACUGAACGAUAUUCGAACAAGGUCUAAUCUGAAGCUGGAGAAUUUUCUAUCAAGAGACCCAAAAAAAUCACACAGAUUAAACAAGUUUAUUUAGAUAAUUAAUAACUAUAUAUAUAUAUAAAUAUUAUAUAUGUUUAAAGAAGGAGGUUUAAUGUCUUAAGUCUUUAAUUCGGAUUUGGAAGUAUCCAUUUAUUUUUAUUUUUUUUAUAAAUUGAAAAGGCUACGAUGGAAUUAAUGUGUACUUGGAUUUUAACUUG